CCUCUUUUUUCUUUAUUUCAUCAUCUUCUUCGUACUUCUAUUGCUUUAAGCCAUAAAUUAAAAAAUAAUCCAAAAAAUAUCAACAGAUAAGGGUUUCCCUUUAAGGAAUUUUAUUUUAUUAUUUAAUUCCAACUGAGUGGUUUUUGUGGGUAGUGGGCAAUGGAAGGAGCAAGCAAUGGCGGUAUGUUGUACCACGAGGUACAAGAGUCGAAGCUGUGUGCCGUCCAUUGUGUCAACACGGUGUUACAAGGACCUUUCUUCUCUGAAUUCGAUUUAGCGGCUUUAGCCUCCGAUCUCGACUCCAAAGAGCGCCAGAUGAUGCUUCAAGGAACCACCACCGCCGCCGCCGGUGAUUUCCUCUCUGAAGAAUCCCACAAUGUAUCUCUCGGUGGCGAUUUUAGCAUCCAGGUUUUGGAAAAAGCUUUAGAAGUCUGGGAUUUGCAAGUUAUUCCCCUUGAUUGCCCCGUUGCGGAGCCUGCCCAAAUAGAUCCUGAGCUGGAAAAUGCGUUCAUUUGUCAUCUCCAUGAUCAUUGGUUUUGCAUCCGGAAAGUCAAUGGAGAAUGGUAUAAUUUCGACAGUCUUUAUGCAGCCCCGCAACACUUCUCGAAGUUUUAUCUUUCGGCCUAUCUGGACUCCUUAAAAGGAUCCGGCUGGAGCAUUUUCCUGGUGAGGGGAAACUUUCCGAAAGAAUGCCCCAUUUCUUCCUCUGAAGCCUCGAAUGGUUACGGGCAGUGGCUAUCACCCGAGGACGCUGAAAGGAUAACUAAAUCAUGCAACUUAACACAAGCUCCUCCUCAAAGAAACAAUAUGUCUCAACAACAACAUACCGAGCGGUUGCCUUCAUUGGCCGAGACUGACCUGCAAAUGCUUUCAGAUAUGGAAGAUGAAGACUUGAGGGCUGCAAUCGCCGCUAGUUUGAUGGAUUCUUCUCCAGCCACGGCCAGCGGUGAGUCCAGCAUCCCUAAAACUGAAAAUAAAGAUAUCCCUGAAAAAACAGCAUAAGAAGAAAUUAUAUAUAUAUUAUGCUGUGCAAGUGACAAAAAUCCAUGUCAGAUUUUCGAUGUUUUGAACCGACAUUUUUGGCUCAGAGGUUGUUGCAUUGUCGCAGUAUAUACAUUCAUUACACGGUUUUCUAGUCAAAAUUUAACACUGUAGAAGGUACUUUUGUUUAGAUAUGUCGUCGUAAUUUUGCUGAUAUAUAGUUUUUAGACCAUCUCUGCUUUAUGGUGUCUGUCAUAGUUCUUUUCAGUUUCUUUUGGGUGCCACCGUUGGUUUCAUCUAGAGAUGGCAACCGGGCCGGGUGGUUUACCCGGCAUACUCUCUAUAUAACCAAACUCCGGUCCAAUCUGAAAUUAAAUAUUAAUUUAUUUGCCUCGAAAAAUGAAA